AUGCGCUUCUCGAAGAUCACCUAUUUGAGCAUGCUCGCUCUGACCAGUUCAGCCAUCGCCAGCCCUCCCGCAGUCGAGAAUCUCGAGACAUCGUUGGAGGCGAACCAGGACGCAAAUGCCCUCGAGAAACGCUUCGGUCCUAUCGUGAUUUUGCUCGUCAAGGUCAUCGGUGGCCAGCUUCUUGCAGGUGCCGCGAAGAUUGCGGUCGACGCCACAAAGGCUAAGCUUGAGCCUGAAGGAGAUUCGUUCAAGGAUUUCGAUGCUGCACGCACUGCUUUCACGCAAGAAUUGGUGAAGGAUCUUUACAACCACAGGUCCCCUUCCACUAUCAAGGGUGUUGCUUGCUACAACGGACCCUACGAGUUCAGCAGUGGUGCACACUACGAAGGCCCCGUCAGUGUCAACUUCAAGUGGGACAUUUACCAUACCGAUUACGACUGUUUUGAACUUUUCUCUGGCACUGUCCACAACAAGGGUGAUGGAGGAUACAUCAACACUGCUGUUUUCGGAACGUGCCACUUCGACCGUGGCUCAUACACUUGCUAA